AUGGCAGAUUUUGACCCUUCCUUCCAGCGAAACCUCUAUCUCUCCCCAGACCAGCAGGACCUACUCCUGGCUGCCCUCUCCUCCAACAAUCAACCUACGAAGCUGGGCCAUCAGUCCAGUCUCGGCUCCGCCAACGGUUCGUCCGGUAACGAGAUCUUUGACUCUCCCCCUCAGGACAUACCAGGCUCUGGCCAACUCAGCUUUGAUCCAGAUGACAGCCCAUUUCUGGGGCUUGACCUUGAUACCGAAUUUGAUGUCUCAGAUCAUGCCUUGAUUGGAGAUCUUCCCAGCGUGGAGACGGCUGAGCAGCAACCUGAGCAUCGCGAGAAGAGGAAGAGUCUAGACGGGCAAGAGGGCGCAGAUACAGGCAAGAAGCGGAAGGAGAAUGAAGAGAAGGUCGCGAAAAAGCCAGGCAGAAAACCGUUGACAUCAGAGCCUACAACCAAACGCAAAGCCCAGAAUCGUGCCGCCCAGAGAGCGUUCCGUGAUCGCAAGGAGAAACACCUCAAAGAUCUCGAGACCAAAGUAGCGGAUCUCGAACGCGCCUCUCAGAAUGCAAACCAAGAGAACACACUGCUUCGUGCCCAUGUCCAACGCCUCCAGGUAGAAUUGAAGGAAUAUCGCAAACGCCUAUCAUGGAUUAGCAGCGCCAGGAGCCUUCACGCUCAAUCUCGCUUGAACAAUGACUUUUCCUUUGAUUUCCCCAAGUUUGGCGACCUUCCUGGAGCGCAUAUGAAUAAUAUCGGAUCCCUGGCAAAGGGAACUGCCAAUGCUCGCAGCCAGACCCACCCAGCCCUUGGUAUCAAAGCGGCUGGCCACAUUAGAACUACGUCACAGCUCACGCCCACCAAUGGCCACACAUUCAGAUCAAAUGGUCUAUCUUCCACCCCAAAUCAGGGUGUUGACACUUUUGCUGGCACGCAUAAUUCGCACGCAUUCGAAACCCCAUCCGCCGCUACAUUUUCCGAGUCACCCUCGGCUUCCUCGGAAUCGCAGCAUAUAUCAUCAAUAUGCACGUCUCCCGAGUCUAGCCUUACGUCGCCUACCAUUGCCCAGAAAAGCGAUUCCGUCAGCUCUGCACAGGGCAACGGCCAGAUAAAAAAGCACAGCCCUUCUCAGUGCGAACUAAAAUUUUAUGAAAGACUAGGUGAAGCAUGUGGUUGCGUGGAUAACCCCAUCCCCGCUGCUCUGGCAAAGAAGUCCAGCCAGGGGGCAGCCAACUCUAAGAGUCCAGAAAUGGUGGCUAGUACUGUUACUCCUACGAACUCGUCACCAAAUGUCACUAAUUCUACCAGUAAAAACACAAAUAAUACCCAACCAGCUUCCAAUCCUAAUGCCAUUGAUAUCACAAGCACAUCUUCCAACUUACUCUCAGAUCCAUCCAUUCCUAGUUUCGACUGGCUCGCCCAGCAAAAUGGUGGCCACUUCGAUCCUGUCCUAUUCGGCGAUUAUCGCGACCCGCAGGAUGCUGUACUCUCCCAGGAGUUUAGUGGUUUCUUCGACGACGCUUUCCCCCUACCUGAUCUGGGUAACGUAGGGGCCUUUGAUGCCGCAACUCCUGGUUCCACAAAUAAAACGCCUGGAAAGACUGACCCCCCGGUAACCACGGUAGAUAUUGAUGACGAUGAGGAGGUAGUGCCUGGUGAAGACAGGUCACAGAUGCUUUCGUGCACCAAGAUAUGGGAUCGCCUACAACGGUUGGAGAAGUUCCGCAACGGCGAAAUCGAUGUCGAUAACCUUUGCACGCAGCUACGUACUAAGGCUCGCUGCUCCGAGGGGGGUGUGGUCAUUGACCAAAAAGAUGUGGAUGAUAUCAUGACCAGGGCGACCUGA